AUGACGAUGUUGAGCACCCGUAACAUACGUGUCGUUGUAGGCGCGCUCAUACUCCUCUCGUUAACAAGCUAUCUUGCCUUCUCUGCAAGAUCGUUCCAUGAGACUGAGAUCAAAGUCCCUGCUUCCUUCAAGUCGGGUCUGGAGUCUCAAGACACGCCUAAGGAUGCCGAGCCACCAGUCAAAAUUAAUAACCCAGCUCAGGCACAACCGGCUGCUGGUGAGAUCCCUAAACCAAAUAAAAACAAUAUUGCUGUUACCGGUGAAGAUAAGGACAACCAUGCCAAGCCCAAGAUGGGAUCCUUGAGCGGAAUUGGUGACCUGGCCGACAAGGAGAAGUCUAACAAGGAUAACGAAGGCUCGCUCUCUGGUGACAGUGGUGUCGACACACAACCUGGUAAGGCUGUUCCUCCUCCUGCCGCUCCCGCUGCUGAGAAGCCAGCUGGUUGGGAGGCUGAAGGUCAGGAUAAGAAUGCACCUGGUAAAGCUCCCGAUGGAUUUCCCGCCAAGAAGCCUACCGACAAGAAGCCACUCGAGAAGAAGCCACUCGAGAAGGCUCCUGAAAACGCUAACGGUAAGCCUGGUGCUGGAAAAGUUGCUGGUGCAAAUGGUGCCUGUAAAAAGACUGAUUAUGUUGUGAUGAUUGACGCCGGUUCCACUGGUUCUCGUGUUCACGUGUAUGCAUUUGACACCUGUGUCUCACCUCCAGUAUUGUUGAAGGAAGAAUUCAAGAUGUUGAAGCCCGGUUUGUCUUCUUUCGACACUGAUACCGCCGGUGCUGCUAAGUCAUUGGACCCUCUUUUGAAGCUCGCCUUGGAUACCGUUCCUGAAGAUAAGCAAUCAUGUACCCCUAUUGCAGUCAAGGCUACUGCUGGUUUGAGAUUGCUUGGAAAGACUAAGUCUGAUGCCAUUUUGAAGGAGGUCCGUCAACACUUGGAGACCGACUAUCCAUUCGCAGUUGUGGAAGGUGACGGAAUUUCCAUCAUGGACGGUUCAGAUGAGGGUGUGUUCGCUUGGAUCACAACGAACUACCUCUUGGGUAACAUUGGUACUGCUGAAAAGACCGACACCGCUGCUGUUUUUGAUUUGGGUGGUGGUUCCACUCAAAUUGUUUUCGAGCCAGACAUGGGUGACACUGCACAAAUGACCAAGGGAAGUCACGUCUACGAUUUUACUUUCGGUGGCCGUAAAUUUACUUUGUACCAGUUCAGUCACUUGGGCUACGGUUUGAUGCAAGGUAGAAACAAGAUUAACUCUUUAGUAGUCCAAAGUGCCAUUAAAGAUGGCCAAGCCUUGCUGAAAAUCAUCACAAAGGCCGAAACUAAGACUGCUAAAGCUGAAGUUACAGUCAAGAACCCAUGUAUGCCCCCAGGAGUCAAGGCUUCGGAUGUUGUUGUUGAAAUCAGUGAGAACGAAUUCUACGUUGUGAACUUCCAGGGUCCUUCUGAGGCUUCUGGUGCCCAAUGUAGAUACUUGGCUGAGAAGGUGUUGAACCUUGAGACCGAAUGUACCUCCAAGCCCUGCUCUUUCAACGGUGUUUACCAACCAUCUUUGACCAAGGCCUUCCACCAAAACUCCGAGAUGUGGGUUUUCUCAUACUUCUACGACCGUACCAACCCAUUGGGCUUCCCUAACUCUUUCUCCGUGGAAGAGUUGAAGGACUUGACUAAGCACGUUUGUGCUGGUGAGACCAUGUGGAAGGACAUUUUGUUGGGUGACUCUGUUAAAGCUUUACAGGAGGAGCCUCACUGGUGUCUUGACUUGUCAUUCAUUACCGCAAUGCUCCACACUGGAUACAAUAUUCCUUUGCAUCGUGAGUUGAGAACCGCUAAGACCAUCGCAAACAACGAGCUUGGCUGGUGUCUUGGAGCUUCUUUGCCUUUGUUAGAUCCAAAGGAGGGUGGAUGGAAGUGCAAAGUGAAGAAGGUGUCUCCUAAUAUUUAA